UGCUGAUUGUUGUUUUGACAGAUCAAACAAAAACAUCAAUCGUGCCCUAACCAAACUGACGCGGCAAAGUACGAAGGAUUUUUAAAGGAAAUCGUUCAAAGUUUGUAAAUUGUAAACGUUUUGAGGUUUCUAAGCCUAAAGCAGGGAAAUGCUUUUCUAUUCAUUCUUCAAAUCGUUGGUCGGGAAAGACGUGGUCGUGGAGCUGAAAAAUGACCUGAGCAUCUGUGGUACGUUGCAUUCAGUGGAUCAGUACCUCAACAUCAAACUGACGGACAUCAGCGUAACCGACCCGGAAAAGUACCCGCACAUGCUGUCGGUAAAGAAUUGCUUCAUCAGAGGGUCGGUCGUUCGGUACGUGCAGCUUCCUGGCGAUGAAGUGGACACGCAGCUGCUGCAGGAUGCCGCUAGAAAGGAGGCCGUCACCAGUGUUCGAUAAUUGUACUUUGUUGGCUUAGAUAUUUUCCUACAAUAAACUGUGUACUCAAUAAAA